GACGUCAUUCCUGCGCGACUCUUACUUUUGUCUUUCUGUUUUACGACUGCUGCUCUGAGCUAUGCCUAAAGUAGUUUCCCGGUCCGUAGUCUGCUCCGACACCCGGGACCGGGAGGAGUAUGACGACGGCGAGAAGCCCCUUCACGUCUACUACUGUUUAUGCGGCCAGAUGGUCCUGGUGCUGGACUGUCAGUUGGAGAAAUUGCCCAUGAGGCCCCGGGAUCGGUCCCGUGUGAUUGAUGCUGCCAAACACGCCCACAAGUUUUGUAACACAGAAGAUGAGGAGACUAUGUAUCUUCGGAGGCCUGAAGGCAUUGAACGACAGUACAGGAAGAAAUGUGCAAAGUGCGGGCUGCCACUCUUCUACCAGUCCCAACCGAAGAAUGCUCCUGUGACCUUCAUUGUGGAUGGAGCAGUAGUGAAGUUUGGCCAGGGUUUUGGGAAGACGAACAUAUAUACUCAGAAACAAGAGCCUCCUAAGAAGGUGAUGAUGACGAAACGGACUAAAGACAUGGGCAAGUUCAGCUCUGUCACUGUGUCUACUAUUGAUGAAGAGGAAGAGGAGAUUGAGGCUAGAGAAGUCGCUGACUCGUAUGCGCAGAAUGCCAAGGUGAUUGAAAAGCAGCUGGAGCGCAAAGGCAUGAGCAAGAGGCGGCUGCAGGAGCUGGCUGAACUGGAAGCCAAGAAAGCGAAAAUGAAGGGAACCUUGAUUGACAACCAGUUCAAAUGAUCAGGACCUUUCUGUGAACCCAGACUGGAGGCAAGCAUUUAGAUCAGGAGGAAAAAGAGCGUUUUCUUGACUACAUGGAGUGGUUCCUACCUUUAUGCCCCAGCAGAAGGCUUUACGUGGCUUCCCAGUGAUUCUCCUACAUUCAGUGAGGUCUUUGAGUCCAUCUGACCUGCUUUCUAGAGAUGGAUUUUUAUCACUCUUUCUGUGUAUAGGUCUUCUGUACUAUUUUUUGUCCAUUUGAUGUAAACGUCUUCAUCUGUGUAGAAGCUCUGUGAAUAGAUUAGGGCUUCAGUGUGUCUAGUGUCUACAGGAGCUAUUCUUAUUCCUUCUUCAAAGUUAAUAAAAUGUUUAAAGAUUUUUGAAAAA